AUGAGUACCCGUGAGACCGAGCCCAACACUGGCCACUUGGCCGCGCUUGAGCGAGCCAAGCUUCGCGUUUACAGCCGAAGGAAGAAUCCAGAGUCUCCACUCAACUUUUCCGUCACCGGAGAUGCCCGGAAUGCGAUCGCGAAUGCGGCGGAGCCCAGCUCGAAUGGCACACUUGCAUCGUCACCGAUGCUCGCAGAGCUAUUGCAGCACCGCUCGGCCGAUCCCACCCCACCGAUCGUCAACGCAUUGGCGGGAUCGCUCGGCUCCCCGCGAUACCGGCGGCAGUCGAUGCGUGAUGCAGGAGCAUAUACGAGACGGCGCUCCCGCAUCCCCGAGAGUAGCAGCGCACAUGCCUCGCAGGAAGAGCACAUCCGCAACGACACCAACAUCGAAGGCGAAACCAGCAGCGGAUACACACGGCGACUCUCGAGAAGAUCGACCAAGGACAAAACCGAGCAGAAGGACAAGACCGGUAGCGAUGCAGUGCCUGACAACAUCGUGCCCAAAGAAAGCGAGGACAUUCGAGAAGCCGGAGCAGAUGGAGGAAGUGUCAAGGAGCGCCUGUCUGAAGGUCGUCCUAGUUCUUCCAAGGCAAGAAAGCGGUCGCUCUUCAAGAGGAAGGACUCGGACAGGCCAUCGGUGCCGCCAGAGCCGCCCAGCUAUGAGGACGAAUACGAAGUCAAUGCGCUUCAGCUGGCUGCCCAAAAGCGCCAGAUAUCAACAUAUGUUUCGCUCGAGAAGUGGGUGCCGUGCUGGACCAAGAUUGCUGAAUCGGAAAAACAGCUACUGGUUGAUCCGGAAACUUUUACUACUCCAACAACAGAAUCUUGGAUGAGUUUGCAAGAGUCCAUCUACUUCAUCGAAGAAGAGGGCUUCUUUGUGCCAGAGACGCCUUACUUUCCGCCACGCAACCUACGAAAGCUUGAGUUUCGUUUACGCAUGACCGAGCCCAACUACGGAAGCAAGUGGUUUGGGCCAGACCAAAAACUCUGCUUCCAGCCCAUACCUUGGCGAGUCGAUCGUCCGCGCCGAUAUGUCCGCGAUGUGCCGUUCACCCCAGUCACACGCAAGUACGGCGAUUUCUUCGAAGAACUCGAGUUUUGUGAACCAGGCAGUGCCCCGCAGAUCAAGGCGAUCGACGCCACGCACAUCGAGCGACGCAGUGCAGUGCGAUCCAUGUCGUUCAAGCCCGUGCUGGACAACCCAACCGGCUCGUACGUUAUGAUCAUCGAUUUGGUCGACAUCAGCCUGAAUGAGCACCCGCUCAUGACGGAGGAGAUGCGCUUGGCCAUCGAGAUCGAGAGCUGGGUCCGAUUGCUCAGAUCGCGCAAGAGAAACGGCAUUGUCACAUUCUUGACACGCAAGCUCGAGUCGCUGAGGGAGCAGAUGCGGGAACACCCAUACUUUGAGUUCUCCGAGGAUCCGAUCGGAGAGCUAUCCGGGCAGUCCAAAGCUGAAGGACAGCCGCAAAGCCGACAAAAACUGCACAGCUAUGAAAUCCGUGCCAUGCGUGAAAAACACGAGCGACAGGAGAAUGCGUACCUGAAGCUGCUCGAGAACAUCCGAGCCACACGUCUGUUGCGGGAUACAGAGGCACAGACCGACCGGCUGCUCGAGUUCAAGAUCCUUCAGAAAUGGGAGCAAAUGAAACAUAUCCGAGGUCAGAGCGGAUUCACGACAAGCAGCCUCAAAGUCAGCGUUAAAUGCAAGCCGCGGAGCCCCGAAGAGGACAAGGCUGGUUGGAAGCGCGAGAUCGAAGAUGAGCUCUAUGAGCUUGCAGAGGAAUACAAGAUCAAGAAGUGGAGGCACAAGCGCCUGGUUGCUGAUGAGGAGACGCGCAGGGCAGAGCGACACCCUUCUGUCCAUGAAACCGAACCCGAGUCCCCAAGCAGCGACAGCGACAAUGGUUCCCGAGACCAAGAAGGGGACGGGGCCGAGAAUCCGAUCGACGACGACGAUGACAACGAAGAACAUCAAGAGCGCCGAGAGAAGCGCCGAGAGAUUCGCAGUCGCUCUCUAUCGCGGUACUCGCGGUCGUCGCGCCGUCGGGUGUCCGACGAAGACAUUGCCACCUCUGUCGAACAAGUGUCCAAACCGCGAGAGCAGCACAAAAAGUCUCGCAAAAAGUCCAGAUCCAAGAGCAACCAGUCAGCAUCGAGGGAGACUGAUGUGCUGAACUGGGACUCAACCACGCAGCUGAGUAGCAAGUCGCGCAAAAUCGGAAACAGCAUCGAGAGCGACAUCGGCAAGGACGAAGGCAAGGCACGGAUCAAAAAGUCGCCCUUCAGGCACGGCCGUGAAGAUUUGCGGUCCGAAGACAUACUCAGCGGCAUCCCUCCACUGCCCAAGUUUGAGCUGAAGGAUGAGAAGGAAAGGAUCAAACAGCGCCUGAAAAGCAGCCACCGGCCCAUCGGCGCUCCUUCGCUGGUCAUCAUGGCAAUGCACACCGAGCCCGUGAGCGAACCCUCAAGUUGUCCAAAGGACGAGCAACUCCGCCGGCGAGAGGUCGAGAGUAGCCAUGUGUACGCCUGCAUUCGGUACAACGACAAGGAAGUGACUCGCACCAAGCCCCAGUUUAUCAACCCCACGACGUUCAAGGUUCCCUUUCUGGGCCUCGAAGACGAGUCCAAGAACCACAAGGCGUGGUCGAGUCAGUUCAAGGAAGCAUCCUUUGCCGUGCAAGUCAACGAAGUGCCCGAGAAGAUCUCUGUGCAGCUCUAUGAAAUGGGUGUGAUGGGGGACAGGCUACUCGGCGAGGUUUUCGUUCCUAUCCCAGAGCCAGCCGAAAACGCAAGCGCACUGGAUCGGGAGCCACAGCAACUCCAAUUCACUGGCACUUCGAUGAUCCGCUCGCGGAAUCUCAUGACGCUGGACGAAGGCCAGCUCUUUGAGCAAGGACAUAUCUCCGGCACCAUCCGGAUGAGUGUGGCCUGGGGGUUUGACGAGAAGGGCAACAGCCUUGGGCCCACUGUGAAGCUGAAAGGCGAGGAUCUCAGCAAGGCGCUCACCGUUGAUCCACUCUCGAAGGGCGGUAUCCAUGGCACGAUCAAUGUCAGAAGCAUCAUGAAAUGGAUAUCGGACCUGUCCAUGGAUCCGAACGACCCACGAAAUAGCCAUAUUCUCCAGCUCAAGCAGCUCUUGACUGCAUCAACGAGCGGCACGGAGCUGGGAGGGCAGACUUUUCACGAAUAUUGGUCCAGCAAGCGGUUCAUGCGCUUCCGCAUCCCGCGCAUGUUUGCGGAUGCCGCAUUCGGUGUUGGGCUCGAAUACAAUGGCAGGCCUGUAAGCAACCGACUCGAGCUGCUCACGAAACGGUUCGACAAGAAGAUCACGUUCCACGGACCUGUUCCACUCUACGACGAGCAAAUCGAGCCGUCAAACUACGAGAAUGUGGUCGAUAGCUUCCGCAGUCUGGUGGAGGACGAACAAACCGAGAACACCAAGCGCGGCGAGUUCAACUCUCAAGGCGAGCUCAUCAGACCGCAGUUUCGGUCCAAGUUCAUGAAGCGUAUCCGGGCCCACCAGCUCUUCCACAACGCCCGAGUCAACCGACCCAAGCGCGUCGAGGACUUUGUGCGGGAAGAGCGUCUCACCGAGGCCGAUCCACAGGCAGUCUUUACUCUGCAGUUUCUGAAGCCCUUCCGGCCGCUCAAGCCAAAGCGCUUGGAUCGCAUCUCGAUGGCGGUCAGUCAGCCUGAGACCUGCAAGAUCUUGGCGCAUGUCAUUCGCGGCUUCAAUCUGCCGAUCCGAAACGCAAACUCAAACAUCGUGGAUGCGGCUGCGCCUGUGGACGACAGCAAGCCCACGUUUGUGCGGCCGUACGUCGAAAUAUCGUUUCUCCAAGAACGGGUUCGCACUUCAACCGGGGACGGCCCGUUUCCUCACUGGAACGAAACCUUGGUGUUGAACGUCAAGCCCACGGACGGAGACUUUCGGCCCGAGAGUCUUCUCGAAAGCGAGCUUGGAACGUCGAUCGUGUUCAUCAACGUCUUUGACGAGUACAUUGUGGAUUUGCUGGAGGAUGAUCGAGAUCGAGAUCGAAACAUUCAUCAGCGGAAGGAGCGCAACUGGCUGGGAUCCCUCCAGAUUCCGUUCACGACCAUCCACGAGCGAAUCCGGAUGGAGGGAUACUUUGCCCUGCAGCUGCCCCCGAUCCUCCUGGGAUACGACAAGAUUGCCGGCACCAACGUGGACGACGCCGUGUACAUCAAUGUUGACUCGGGAAAUCAGGCGUCGCUGCACUUGUUCAUCACCCUCGACCCUCCUCUGAUGCAACCAAGCACCCUAAAUCUUGUGUUCAAAUCUAGGGAAGAGCCGCAUCAUCUCCGGGCCUUCCGCAAAUGGGAGACCAGUCUCAAAUAUCCAGCCCGCAACGUCAAAGCCACCUGUCUCGACAUGAACGGAUACAUCACGCUCAUUACCCGAUUCAUCCGCCCGCAGAAUCCGCCCGGCUCAUGCACCACCGUCGCCCACGCCGCGCGAUACGUGAGCUUGAUUCCGUUCCUCCCCAAUCGCACGGCCCUGGCGGCUGACUGCUCGCUGUGGUCGACAAGCGACCAGGUGCUGGACGUGGGCGCCGGCGACGGGAUCGAGCAUGCCAUCCUGCUGUGCAACUAUCUGUUGCAUCUGGGCAAGAAUGCCUUUGUCUUGCUCGGGGACGGCCGUCUGGAAACCCGGGUGGCAUUCGUGCUGAUUGUCGAGGGGCUGAAGAUCCCCAAGGUUGCUGCGAGCGGCAGCCGCGCCGGAAGCGAUUCAUCACUCCAGCAAGCACGGCCGCGCCUGAGCAUCUGGAACGGCCGACCCAAAGGCGAGAAAGACGCAAAGGCCGAUGUGGUCGUGAGCGAGGAUAGCAAGGACGCUCAGGCCACAAGUGACCCGCAGCCCGCAGAGGGACCCAAGGAGGAAGCCAAGGAGGAGUCUGCCGCCGAAGUCUCGUACAAGAUUGUGAAUCCUGGAACUGGACAGUGGCAUGCCCCAAUCGAUCCACACAACCCUGUCGUGGUCGUCAAGUGUGUCUUCAACAGUGACAAUAUCUGGGCGAACGAGCAAGAGUACGAGGAUCCGCAGCGCAUCAAUUGGAACAUCACAGACCAGAGUUUGUGGAGGCCUCUGCUCACACGAGGAUUUCCGCCCAUCAACAUGGAAUCAAUCCAGAAGGAGGAGCUGGUCUACAAGCGAUCCUCCAAGACGACACUGAGAAUACUCGAGGAGGAAAUCGAGCGAUGCGUCGUUCAGAAGAUCGAGGAGUGGCGAAAGCACCGACUGACCCGAUGGAAUCGGCUCUGCGCUCGGGUGUUCAAGUCGAUCCUGGUGACAUUCGAGGACAGCCUUCUGGAAGGCCAUAUGAUGGCCGCCGAGGCCGAUUUCGAGCGGGAGCUUGCCGCCCUUCAUGCCGUGUACCAGAUCGUGGGGUUUCCGCUGCAUAUGACCCUGACCGACAUGGACGCCGUUCUCGAGGCCGUCUAUGCGACCGACGUCCACUCGAACUUUGACGAGACGGCCGAGUUCUCGGUAUCGGUGCACUGCGUUGGAUACGACGGGGUCUUUGUGAGCAUCUGGAUCUACCUGGUUGGGCUCACAAGGACACGGCGGUAAAGACAUGAUCUGAAUGAAACGGGACCGUGUCCAUUAAUGCCCCAGAUCAACCACUGAGAGGGAACGAUCUUGGAAUGUAAUAUGUAUUCGACCAUCAGAACAGUUCCGUGGCUUCUCGACAUCAAGACGGUCGGGUUGAACGAGUUGCUCGCUGCUGCUCUGGGGUCCUGGGCAUCGUUGGUGUCGGUGAUGGGACUGCUCAAAGUGCUUGGUGAAUGUGAGUCUGCGUGGGCUCGAUGGGCACUCCCUCCUCUGUCUGCAGGACCCAGAGAAAGCGACUCCCCGACUCAGCGGCAGGACAUCUCGUUUCUGUUCGGGUGCGCUGUCGAUCAAACCGAGACAUGCCCCACUCGUUAUCGAUGAUGGUCCCCAGCCCCCGCUCGGCUCGGGACAUGUCGCCGAAACCACGAGCCAACCCAGGGUGACCCCGGCUCUGGGGGGCGCUCGUCUCUCCGACGAUCUCCGUGACUCAUUCCCGCCACAAGUC